GCGUUCAGCUCGUUGAGCCCGUUGAGACACGGUUUGCAUCGGCUUUCCUGAUGCUGACGUGUCUCAAAGGCCGACGAGACGCAUUGGAGAGCAUGUUGCACGGGGAUGCUUGGGCACGCAUCCCAUGGGAUCGCGCCCACAUAUCUCAGGCGCAGUGGGUGCAGCAGCAGAUCCGGGACGCGGAGUUUUGGCAGCGUGUCCAUUACGCCAUCCUAGUCAUGUCGCCCGUCCACCAACUGUUGCCCAGGAUGGAUAGAGCGGAGAGGAACUGGGCGGAGCACGAGCGCGUCACCACGGCGAGGCGCUGCAAGCUUGGGCUCGCCAAGCUUGCACAGCUGGUUGAGAUUGCCACCAAUCUCAAACUGGCAUCGUGCGCACGGCAGGGUGGUGGCUACAUGUUGCCAUGGGUUAUGGGGAGCGGUCGGGGGGGUACGGUGGCAGAGGAGGAGGAUGAGGAGGGAGAUGUGGAGCCCAAGGUGUGGGGAGCACGACCUGAUGGCAGUGUUCCCGAGCAGGAGAUCCACCGACAGAUUGUCGCUUUCCGUGACAGCCGACCGUCCAGAGCCCGUUCAGUUCGGGACGUGUUCAACAGCAGAGCGACGGAGCUGCGACCGUGGCCGAAGGGUGGGGAUGAUGUGGACGCUGCUGCGGCAGACGACGACAUCGACGACGACUGGACUGACGAUGAUGACACGCCGCUGAGUCACGACCCGACGGCUGAGCGAGUGUACUUCACUUACGGUGGGGGUCGUGACGGCACAGAUUCAUUCACAUCAGUUAUCGCUGGUGUUGUGCCGUCGACCGCGCUGACGAGUGGCAGCAGCAGAGCCGGUGGUGGUCAUGGAGGACGUUCGCAUGUGGAGGUUCGCGUGGGCGACUCGGAGGAGCAGCAGCCACGGGGAGGUCUUCGGCACACAGGCAGGCGUUGGGAGGUUAGGAGCGACAGCAAGGCGGAGGGGGAGGCCGAGGAUGAGGAGGUGCACCUUCGCGAUCGUCGCUUCUCUCCCUCCCAUCAUCCGAUCUCUGCACAGCCCGAGGGGCAGCCACUUAGGCGUUCGGAGAGGUUGGCGUCAGCAGCAGGCAGAGACCGGACACAUGACGGCGAGGAUCAUUGGGGUGAGAGGACUCCUUCCGACGCCGGUAUCCGCCCCCGCUCGACGUCAGUGCUCCGCACACAGGACUUCGAGGACAUAGGGCUUGGUGGGAGCUUGGCAGAUUUGAGUGUCGAGGGACGUCGACGUGCCUCACCGCAGGAUGUGCGCACAGACGCGGACGUUGAGCGGGGCCCUAGGGACUCGAAGACAGGAGGGGAGGGGAGCCGUGACGUCGACGACUCGAGUGUCCUUGAGGAGGCGGUUCAAGGCGAGUUCGAUUAUGAGGGGCAGGAUGACGCCGAGGGUGUCCCUGAGGGGCAGGAUGUUGUCAUGGGCGGUGGGUCCCCUAGUGGGGACCGUGGCAACAGCGAGACCGCGGGUGAUGAGGGACAGGGUGCCGCAACGUGCGACAGAGGAGAGGGUGGACCCGGUGGAGACAGUGAUACCGCGGGUGCCGGUGGAGACAAUGGACCGGACGGCGACGAUGACGAUGACCACGGUUCGGAGGACGAUCCAGAUAGGCUCGCCUUGGUUUUGAGGGACCCCACAGUGCCUCCCAUGGAUGGCAGGCCACAUGCUUGGUUUGUCACGAGCCGAGACGAGGAGGACAUUGGUCCUCGAGGCCCCAAGGACAUCCGCGGACAGGCUGCGGGGAGAGCAGUUCACAUUGGGCGAGGAGGGGUUGUUGAUGCGUCCCGGGACGAGACGACAGCAUGGCUCUCAGAAGUUGAGGCUCGACUUGCUGCAGGGGUCGUCGCUGGGCAGGCAGCGCUGAACGCGAUUCAGAGGGAGAGAGAGAGGGGGAUUGCUGCACAGGCGGAGGAGGACGAGGACGCAGACACUGAGUCCGAGCCGAUCGAGACGGCGGCCCACAGACACAGGGCACAGGUGGCCGCGGCGGCCGCUGCAGCACAUGCGGCAUACGUCAGUGGGGCGCGGGGCAUAGGUACCGGAGGGAGAGGAGGGUGCAUGGGAGGAUCGCAUGGCCGCGCACACUCUGGUGGGAGAGGCCACGCACGCUCUGGUGGGAGAUGACGACGUCCGUGGUGUAUUUUUUUUUUUCAUUAGUUUUUUUUUUUUUUUCCCUUGGUUGUACAGCCUGGACGCUCUGUCGGCAGGGUUGUAGCAUAUUUAUGUCGAUGUUGUUCCAUGGAGACGACGAUAAUAUGUGGACAUUAGGGUUUUUUUUUUUGUUUUUUUUUUUUUGCUACUCGGUUGUACAGUAGAGACGACGCCGGUCGACGGGUCCAAUUUUUUUUUUGGUACUCUGUUGUGUAGCAGAGAUGAUGGGUCCAGUUUUUUUUUGCAACUCGGUUGUAGAGUAGAAACUACGGGUCCAGUUUUUGGCUUCAGCCUUGUACAUACGCGUUUCCAUUAAAAUGCUUUGUCAUAUAUUUGCUCUUGUUCUUGUUCCUCCGCCAACAUUGGUCUUGCAUCUGAGUCGCUAUUGUUUGGUGAUUGUUUUCUGCUCUGUUGUCGUGAAUGUUGGAAAUUAUGUGCUUCUCCGAUGCCACGCACCUGCAUGUCAUGGAUGCCUCCAUUAUGAAUGUGUUGUUAAUUUCAGAUGCGACAUAGGGAUGAUGUGCUAAUGAAUGUGUUCUUACAUAAAUGAUUGGCUAAUGAAUGUCCAUCAGUCUC